CUUCAGUCAGAGGAAGGUUUCUUGCUAAAAGUCCAAGUGAGAUCUGAGAUCCAUGAAAGAUGAAAUUGUGUUGAUGAAACGAACUGAGGCAAAUGGCUAACAUGCUAACACUUGAGUACUUGGGGAUACCGUGUCAAGCGGUUUAUGAAUCCCUGCUUUCGCAGAUAAAGAAGUGGGAAAGCACGUCUGGCUGCAGGCAGGGAGGACAGCGGUGCUCCUACAAGCUGCAGUCCGCCACGGUCCACUUCAUAUCUGCCAAACACAGCACGCCCUUGAAGAGAGAUGUCUCCAUCAUCAACUUCCGCCUCGUCCCCUACCAUUUCUUCACUUGCUGUAGUGUUUGGGCCAUGUCCAUCUCCGAGCGCUGGUAUGUGGUAGAAGACCACGGGAGCAACUACUGCAACCUGUACAACCUCAUGGAAGGAAGCCAUCUCACGGAGGUCAGGGGCUACAUGGAGAUGACCAGCGACUUUCUAUGUACCCAACGCUCCUCUGCCAACUGUACGGCCUACUGACGUCCACAAGCGGCAGCAGCAGCGGCAGCAGCGACUCCAGUCUCAGCCAGUCCUACGGUCUUUGUGCUCGCAUACUUGCCACUUUGAUGAGGGUACAUUAUACUAAUAUUUCAAAUGUCAUACAUUACUAAAGACUCAGACAAGGUCAAGUGGGAUCAAGAAUGUUUUAUUCGUAGUAAUCCUGGUAAAUGAUACUUUAUUCCUCUCCAAGACAAAUUCAACUAGAAUUGGAUCCAAUGGGAAUGGGAAUGGGAAUAUGAAUAUGAAUAUGAAUAUGAAGGCGUUCCUGGGGUUUGAAUAUGACCAUCUGAUGACGUAAAUGCUAUGCUGCAAUACUUUGUCAAGUUCCAGUGUGAAGAAAGACCAAUUGCAUGAUUGACCUCCAAAGCGACGCUCCAAUGUCAUGUGUGGAAAAGCGGCGGUUGGCCAUCGGCGGUUGGCCAUCGGCGGUUGGCCAUCGGCGGUUGGCCAUCGGCGGUUGGCCAUCGGCGGUUGGCCAUCGGCGGUUGGCCAUCGGCGGUUGGCCAUCGGCGGUUGGCCGCUGCUUUGGUGGUCUCAUUCAAGUUCCAGGAUGAAGAUUCCUUCCUUUCAGCCGUGGCUCCUUCUCUGCCGUUCGACGUGUAGACCCCAUCCUGAAGGUCUACAUUGUCAUUGUCUUAUCUGAGAGUUUUGGAAGUCGGUUAGGGGCUGACAAUUCCCGCUUGAGCCGCAUUUCGCCUUUUUCUUCACAAUUUUUCCGUUCCAGCAAAGUAAGACAUCGUGAUCCACAGAAAGACGUGAAUUCAUAUCCUGAGGGCUUCCCCACAAACUACUUGACUUUCUCUGGGCAUAUUUUCCAGCUUUUAAGUUCCUCCUUGAGGGCCAAGUUUUCAUUUUCAAGCUGUUCCGCUCGUUUCUCAAGGUCUCGAACGUAGACCUUUCUCCUUUUCCUGUAUUCCCGUGCAGCUUCCCUGCAGACAAACAUGGAUGGACCAACAGCAGACAUGCUGAGAAGACCAACAGAUUGUUCUGAGGACAGCACACAUCGCUUUUAAAAAGUGGAGGAGCUGGGGCCCCGGUCCCGGGGACGUUGGGGCCGCCGCCUGCAGCUGGUGUUUGAUUGGCUCUCAGCCUGGUCUAAAAAUAUCUCUCAACAAGAAAAGGAGCCCGAGUGGACCAGAUUCAGACACACCCGCUUUAGACCCACUAGAACCACGAUUCCUCUUACCGGUUUUUCUUCAAGCUGCGUUCUGACUGUUUACGGGGGGGGUGUCCCUGUACCACACCCUUUGGGAAAAAGGAGCUGGUGUAUUGGAGCUGA